AUUCAAAAUUAAAAAGAAUGAAGUGUGGUGACCAACUUCAUGCUAAAAAUUGAAAUUUCUUUUACGGAGAAAGUAGGAACUCUCAAACGAAAGGUCCUUUCUCUCAAACCCUUUCAAACGAAUUGCAUAAAAAGAAGUAAAAAAAAAAGGUAAAGUGAGGUGGCUAACUUCACGGAGUUGCCUGGACUUGGCUACCUGAUUAAAAAGUAAUAACACAUGAAAGUCGAGAUGUAAUUGUUCCUGAAACCAUCUAAAACAGGUAUCAAAAUGAUGCGAGCACAAGUAACACCUCCUGAGUGCGCCCUCGCCGCAGAAAUGUUCGACCACUUUUGUUCAGCGGGAACUAUGAAACAAAUCUUGGCGUUACAUCGAGAAAUAUGUAAUACCCUCAACCUGAAACCGAACAGAUUGCCCGACUUCUACCCUAAAAUAAAGGCUAAACUGGCAAAUUCAUGGAAGGCUCAAGCUCUGUUCAAGAAGUUCGAUCUGCGAGCGAACCACAAGGUGUACGGCAAGGGCAGGAUAUGCGCGCAGACGAAAGUCCUCAUCAUCGGCGCAGGGCCCUGCGGCUUAAGAGUGGCUAUUGAGUGCCAACUUUUAGGAGCUAAAGUGGUCGUUGUAGAAAAACGUGAUCGGAUGUCACGUAAUAAUGUACUGCAUCUGUGGCCGUUCGUCAUACAAGAUCUGCGUGCUCUGGGCGCUAAGAAAUUCUUCGGAAAAUUUUGCGCAGGUUCCAUUGACCAUAUCAGCAUACGACAAUUGCAGUGCAUUCUUAUGAAGGUAGCGUUACUGCUUGGCGUAGAAUUGCACGAAGGUGUCAGUUUUGAGGAGCUAUUGGAGCCAAGUAUCACUCGGCAUGGUGAGAGGGUUGGUUGGAGGGCGCGUGUGUCGCCGGCCGAGCACCCUGUAUCGCAGUAUGAGUUUGAUGCGCUGGUCGGUGCGGAUGGAAAACGUAAUACGCUGCACGGAUUCAAACGUAAAGAGUUCCGUGGCAAGCUAGCUAUGGCUAUCACCGCUAACUUCAUUAAUAGACACAGCGAACAAGAAGCAUCGGUGCCGGAAAUAAGCGGGGUCGCCUUUAUUUUUAAUCAGAAAUUCUUCAAAGAACUCUUUGAGGUAACUGGCAUCGAUCUUGAGAACAUUGUCUACUACAAAGAUGAUACACACUACUUCGUCAUGACGGCGAAAAAGCACAGUCUAUUGAACAAGGGAGUUUUAUUAAAUGAUUAUGCAGAAGUGUCUCGCCUGUUGAGCGUGGAGAAUGUGGAGCGCGGUGCACUGAUGCGAUAUGCGCAGGAAGCGGCUCGUUUCUCCACCGACGGACAGCUGCCCCUCAACGACUUCGCUCUUAACCACUACGGGGAGCCCGAUGUCGCACUAUUCGAUUUUACCUCUAUGUACGCCGCUGAGAAUGCCAGUAUUGUAUACGAGCGUCAAGGUAAACGUCUCCUUUGCCAGUUGGUGGGGGACAGUCUUCUAGAACCUUUCUGGCCGACUGGGUCUGGCUGCGCUCGAGGUUUCCUGUCAGCGUUGGACGCCGCGUGGGCCGUGCGCUCCUGGGGACAAACUCCACCACCACAUCCCCUAGAAGUUAUAGCUGAAAGGGAAUCUAUAUACCGACUAUUGGCACAAACAACUCCUGAGAAUUUACACCGUGAUUUUGGGGGUUACACAUUAGACCCCGGAACGCGGUACCCGAACUUAAACAGAACUGCAGUAACACCGCAUCGAGUUACAUCGUUCUAUGACUGUGAUGAAGCUCUCCAGUUAGAAACUCCCAUCGGGAGUAGGAAGCGACGCCGCGAUAUUUCAGAGAUGGAUAUAUCUGAGGGUGCGCUGAUAUCGUGGGUGGGGAGUGCGGAGGCGGGGCUGGCGGGCGCGGCGGGGGCGCAGGCGCUCGCCGCCCUCGUGCGCCGCUACCGGCCAGACCUGAUGCCGCCCAGCGCCCCGCACAACGCUGUCUAUCAAGUCUUACAACAUGAGUUUGGGAUUACGCCGUUUCCGAAUACAGGCUCGACGUACGACGUGCCCGAAGCGAAACUGCGCUCAUAUUUGUCUCGAGUGUACCUAGCAUUCAAAGGCGAAGUACCUCACAUACAUCAUAAAUAUGAAGUAUUUGAUCAGAUCAAAAAAAGCCAACAGAAAGAGAAGCAUGCCCGAAAUACGACGGACCAUUCGGUUUCUGUAUAUUCGAAUGCAGCCGAACUCGAUAAAUCUACCUUAAGUUCCAGAAGAAAACGCCGCUCCACACGCUCUUCCCAAGAGGAGGGCAGAGUGGUGGGAGGAGGCAAGGCAUUUGGCGGAGGUGCCCACGUGGCUCGUCUUGCUGCGGAACUCUCCGCAAACCCAUCAACUGCAAUGCCUAAAGCUUCCAAACCAAAAGAUCUGAUACGAUCAGUUGGAAAAAUAGAAAAAGAUGAUUGGAACGUCAAAGAAAUUGAAAAGAAAAUCAUGGAAAACCGUCUCGGUAGACCAGAACCGAAAGCUGCUGAGAAAGUUCCCAAAUGGGAUAGAGAGGAAUUUCUUAAACGCCAACGUCGCUUGAAAGAAGGUGACCAGAAUGAUGAGAAAUGGGAUGAUAUUGAUGAAACUAUUAACAAAUUCAACCAGAAGGUGAAAGAUUCGGGUCGCCCCGAACAGGGUAAUGAAAGGGUAGCGAAAUUAGCAACCAAGUUUGUGAAAAAAGAGGAGCCUGAUUCUGAAAAAGCUGAAUCACAUGAUAAGCAAAGCAAGCGCAGUUGGCGCGGCCCGUCUGCGUCAGGUAUCCAGUGCGUGGCGUGCGGGCAGCGCGUCUUCGCGGCCGAGGGUGUUAUCGCCGACGGCCUCCAUCUGCACAGGUCGUGCUUCAGAUGCGCUGUAUGCAACACCGUAUUGAGACCCGGCAAUUAUGCUAUGGAGCGAUACGGUAAUCGUUUAGUGUGUUUGCGGCAUGCCGGUGUGACUGUAUGUGUACCGGACAGUGUGAAUAUCUUGACACCGCCGUCAAAACCUCAAACUGUUCACUCUACCCCUGAGCGAAUCAGCCUGGAGCUAUCUGAUGCUGCUGCGAGAGAAAUCGACGAAGACGAAUGGACAGACAGGAAUUGUCUGGCAUCAGAAACAUCUCCUGCCGGAGGGCUUAGCGACGAGAAGGCUUCAUCCGAUGAAUGGACGGAUGUGGAAAGUGAGGGGGAGGAGGAGGCGCGCGCCUUGCAGGCCCCUGGACCGGCGCGAGACACCAUCAUACAUGACCCGAAAGAUCUCGCCUUUUUUUCAUUUUUAUCAGAUGAUUCAUUUGGCUAUGAUGAUAAUUCUGAUGAAGGUGCGGAGUCGUCAGGCAAGGAGUCGUGUUCUCGCAUGCGAGCUGCACGCGAGGCUCGCCGGCGCGAGGUGCCGGAGGAGAAGCGGCCGCCCACCGACAGCAGCGAGGUGGAGUCUGAAGAUGAAAGUGAAUCAAGCGAUGAUGAAGUAUCCUCGGCAACGGAAGUGUCAACAGAUAGUGAGUUUGCGCGUGAAGAAUGUGUACCGGCGCCCUCCCCUCCUGCAAUUCUUGUAACGGAGGCGCCGCCGCCGGCCCCUCCUCCUCCUCAAGAAUACCCUCUUAGCAGAACUCGAUCAGCAGGUGGAUUGGCCACUAAACGUGCCUUAGAAUUAAAAAGGAGAUUUUUGUUAGGAGAACCAUCACCGCCGGCAGUUAGAAAAUCAGACUCUACCUCUCAGUUAGAUACUAAAGUCAAAGCAUUUCGAUCAAAUAUAACAGAAUUUCAAAAAAUGUUACACCCUGCUCCCGCACCGACCACUCAAGUCCAACCACAAAAGCCAAUUGUUACUUUUCGUUUGACUGAGGAUGUGCAAAACAAAAUCCAACCAAUGCCAGAUAUUAUCAAGAACUUACAUACCGAUGCUCAAGUUGACUUGCUUACAAAAUGUGAUUUGCCACUAUGUAAAAAUGAUUGGAGGGAGCCAAUAAAUGAAGAAAAACAAGAACCUGAUUUAGAAUCUGAUUCUUUAUCCGAUGAUGAUGCUUCUAACACAGAUACUGCUCCGAAUCAAACGGUCCCUCGGGUGGAAGUGCACGACGAGGGCGGAGAAUUAAUACAACUUGAUAGCUUAAUGAUUAUUAAUACUGGGAUUGAUGAUAUUGGCGAAAAACUAUCUGCUACAGCUUUAUCGGACGUACCUACAAUACUCGCUGCUGAAUCAGAAUCGUCAGAAUCUUGUCGUGAUGUUACCACUCUUGCUUUGACUGAAACAGAACUGUCAGAUUGGGCAGCUGAAAGUGCAGUGUUAGACGAGUGUGGUAUAGACGACAAAGAAAAUAAAAGAAAGCAAAACCCGAGGACAUUGAGUGGCCCAAAAUUAAUACACGAUGCUAAAAAUAUUGCAGCUAUUGCUUCACACGUUUGCGGGCGAAGUAGUCCUUUAGAUAAUAUUGUCUAUUCCAAUGCACUCGAACAUUUCGAGUUCGCGGACGAAGGCGAUCAAGAUCCUUCGAUUGGUACGCCGGUUACACCAAGGAAUGAAGGCUAUAUGGAAUUUGUUGACGAUAAGAUAGAGGUAGAACCAUACUAUCCAACUAACGAUCGAUCAAUGAACUUUUUUGAACAAGCUUUUUCGGAAAGACUAUUGAAACCUACGGGUAUUGACAUUUGUAGAGAAAACUUGAGAAAUGAUGUUUCUGAUGUCAUUGAAUUUAUAGAUAAAGAUGACUCACAAGAAGACAGCGUUCCAAAAGAGCAAAACUCUUCUAACAUUACGGAACUAGCACAAAUUGAAUUAAGCGAGAAAUCUAGUACCGAAAAUACCUCACUCAGUUUACAAAGGAAUACAGAGAAAACUAAAACUGCUAAUGAUAGCACUCCUACUAGCAAUAAAGAAUUGAUGACAGUGCUUAGUGACGUGGCGUCUAUUAGUUUAUCAGAAGUAUCGUCUGCUUUAGAUAAAACUAAUUCAGAUACAGGAAAAGUAAAAGCUAAUAGUCCAUUGUCUAAGAACUCUGCAGAAGAUAUAUCACCACCAUUAGCGCAAGACUUUAGUCUUUCCCGAGAUUCUACGUAUAAUGGUAGCAUUAAUGCGCCUGUCUCUUUUGGCUCUUCCAAUACUAUACGAAUGUAUUCACCAGCAAUCUGCCGAUCCGUCACAGUACCUUUCAAUAGUUCCAUUUCAAGAAGUGGUAACUCAGACUCACCAUGCCGUAGCAUGGAUCUCUCGAUAUCUGCUAACAUUAGUUCAGGAUCGAUAUCACCUGCUAGUCCAUCCCCUAUGCGGGACACAACAGUUAAAGUACAAGAAAUAAAACGAGAGAGAGAUGAACUUAACGAUAUAGUAAGGGGAUUAGUUCUGGGAAGGGUAAGAAGUGGUCCCCGGGAUGGUAAGAAGUCGUCUCGUAGAACUAAAGUCUCGCCCGCUUCUAACACACCACCCCCAAUCCCUCCACCUCCCGUGCUCCCCGAGCAACAACCUCCGCCGCCGCCCCCGCCCCCGUCCUCCUAUACCUCACCGCCCCUUAGACCAAUGUCGCCUCAAAUAUCUUUAUCUGUCUCACCAUCCCUCUCUGACCCAGAAUUGGCAACAGAAAGGAGGAGAAAAGGUAUCAUGAAGAGCAUUUCCAAUUAUUUAAAUAGACGUCUAGGACCACGCCACAAGUGGGUCUCGGAGCCGGACCUGAUGUCGCACGUAAGCAAAGCAUAUCAAAUACAGUAUCGUGAACUAGGAAGUCGGCAAAUGAGUCAGUCAAUGAGCGGCGCGCACAAGUCGACUGGUACGCUACAGGAGUCCCCGCCCCCGGCCCCGCCCCCACCGGUGCCUCCGCCCCCUGCCUGUUACUCCCCGCCCAUACACACGCACUCGUCGUGUAGGAGGCUUCCAGGAGUGAUGGAUAUCGAGGAGCGGGAUGCGAUGCAGCUAUGGUUCGAGGCGCGGUGGGCGCGGCUGGUGGCGCAGCGGCGGGCGCGCGACCGCCCCGCCCCGGCACUACACUCACGUCACAACACAGACCACAACGUUAGACUGGCGCACCUCGAACGACGACUUAGCAGACCAUUGUCUGCGGAACAACAAGCGGCGGCGGUUGCUGAAUUAGUGCAGGUGACUGCGCAGCGCGACGCUCACGAAGCUCUUAUGGCAGCUGACAGAAGGCGCCACGCAGCCAGCGACAACGUGGGAACACAUCAUAAACUCGGCGACUAAACCCCGGCCUGGAAACUAAUGUUUACCUUUAUAUAAUUCUCUAAAGUUUAUUAUUAAAAAAAUAAAUAUUUAGAUGGAAUAUUCCUCUCAGAGUAUAUAUGUUCAAGGUUCGCUUGAAACUGGACUAAGAUGCUGUUGCCAAAAUCUAUCGCAGAAUUUUGCACUCUUAAUGUUAGAACAAAUGUUAAAUAUAUGUUAAUAGGUGUCCGUAUUUGUGGCAUUGUUACCCUGAAAGCAAUUAUCUAAGCCUUGCUGUAAGAUAAGAUGAUAGAUAUACUAUAUUUAUAUACAUAAAUCAAUGAAUCAUUACUUGACAAUAUAUUUGUAUCAUAUGUUCAUACUUAGGUCAAUGUCUUUGCGAACAAUCUUUACUAGUACUUCCAAAGGCGAACUUUGAUAUGUUUCUAAUCAUUGAGCUUUAUUUAGUUUUAUUAGUUAGAGAUAGUGGACUACUAUACCGCAACUAUUUAUGAAGCUUUGUUUUGUAUUCGAUCAUCUUAACACUGUCUAUGUUUUGUAAUUUCGUAGACCGGAUUUGUCCAGUGAUUUAAGUGACUAAUGUCGUCAAAUAAAAAGGUAAUGUAUUUUUAUAAAUGACUUGUAAUUGAGUGAAAAUAAACCGCCACAACAAUUACAUUUAGUACACACUGAAAUUGCAAUGCAAAAAAAGUUUUAUACUUAGGUUAAUUUUGUCUAUUUUUGGACCGAAAGAAAUUGUAUAUCUUCAAAGUUAUAGAAUUUACAUCACAAAUAUACUAUACAAAACAAUACAUCACAUUGCUAUUUGCCACGUAGGUUUUUUUAAAGUAAUUUUUACCGUAUUAAUAAAACAGUCUUAUUAGACGU